AUGAAAAUAGAAAGAAAACAAAGUGUAGUACUAGUGCCAUGCCCAUACCAAGGGCAUUUAACACCAAUGCUACAACUUGGAAGUAUCCUUUAUUCACAAGGCCUUUCUGUUAUAGUUGCACAUACUCAAUACAAUGCUCCUAAUUAUUCCAAUCAUCCUCAAUUCGUCUUCCAUUCUAUGGAUGACGGAUUCCAGGGAAUUGACAUAUCAUUUCCGAGUCUGGAAAAUUUAUUUAGUAUGAACGAGAACUGCAAGGUACACUUGAGAGAUUACCUCGUUACGAUGAUGGUAGAGGAAGGUAAUGAGCUCACUUGUAUAGUUUAUGACAACGUCAUGUUCUUUGCCGAUGAUGUAGCCACACAGCUGAAGGUUCCGAGCAUUGUCCUGCGGACUUUCAGUGCUGCAUUUAUUCACUCUAUGAUCACCAUUUUUCAACAACCCGAAAAAUAUUUUCCUUUUGAAGAUUCUCAGUUGCUGGAUCCAUUACCGGACCUACAUCCCCUCAGGUAUAAGGAUGUACCAUUUUCAGAAGCGGAACUAGAGUUUCAAAGAGCAAUGUAUGAUAUAGGAUCAUCUGUCGCGACUAUUUGGAACACGAUGCAAGACUUGGAGGAUUCAACAUUGUUACGCCUUCAAAAACAUUACAAAGUGCCCUUCUUUCCAAUAGGCCCUUUUCACAAAAUGGCGCCUUUGGCCUCAUCGACUAGCAUACUAGAAGAAGACAACAGCUGCAUUGAGUGGCUCGACAGACAAACCCCUAACUCUGUUCUCUAUGUCAGCUUGGGAAGCCUAGUGAGGAUUGAUGAAAAAGAGCUAAUCGAGACUGCUUGGGGAUUAGCUAACAGUGAGCAGCCGUUCUUGUGGGUUAUUCGACCUGGCUCUGUCUCUGGCUUUCAAUGUGCUGAGGCACUGCCUGAUGGUUAUGAGGAAAUGGUAGGAGAAAGAGGUCGGAUAGUGAAAUGGGCACCACAAAAACAGGUGCUUGCACAUCCCGCGAUAGAAGGCUUUUUCACACAUUGUGGUUGGAAUUCUACGCUUGAAAGUAUUUGUGAACAAGUCCCUGUGAUAUGCAGGCCAAUUUUAGCAGACCAGCUGGUGAACGCGAGAUAUCUGACCCAAAUAUAUAAGGUUGGGUUUGAAUUGGAGGUUAUGGAGAGAACGGUCAUAGAGAAAACAAUAAGGAAACUCAUGUUAAGUGAAGAAGGCAAAGAUGUGAAAAAAAGAGUAGUUGACAUGAAACAAAACAUAGUUGCUGCUAUGCAGAUUGAUGGUACUUCACAUAAGAAUCUCAAAGAUUUGGUAGAUUUCAUUUCUGCGUUGCCAUCACAGCUCCCUCCGCCAACGCCUGUUGUUGGGGCAAUCAUGAGCUCAAACCAUACAUCAAGCAAGUGUAUCAGAGAGUCCUAAAGUUAGAAGAAUUACAUAUUUUUGUUGCCUGCUAGCUUGGCAAGACAACAAGUCCUUUAAUUACAAAGGAAGAAUAAGACUAGAAAUAAACUUUUCUUAAUAUCUUGGUUGCUUAUGUCAAAGCCAUUGGGUCAAUGCUAGUUUCUCUCACCUUAGUUUAUUGAUUGGUUUAAUAAGUUUGGAAACUUUGACAUAUUGUUUCCUAGUUGUU